AAGGAAAUGUCUUACUUUGGAAAGGCAGAUUAAGGAGAGGGGUAAAAGAAAUAGCAAAUUACUUGCAGGUGGACCUAUAAAAAAAUAGCCAUACGUCCCACCCCUCUGGUUUAAAAGCUCUGAUCUUUUGUACUGACGAUUCAUCGCACACCACAGACCAUGGAAAAGCAACAGAAGACGGAAUUCAGGCAACCAUGGGAUGCCAGCAGAGAAGUGCCAAUCAUUCAAAACGAGCAGAUGCCCAGGAAACGAGUGCGAUGUUUGAAAUGGUUCUCGUGUGCUGUUGUUGGGAUACUCGUCUUCAUUCUUGCACUUCUCAGUAAAACAUCAUUUCUGCUUUUGAUAACAUCUGGAAACAACCAAACUAAAAGUGUACAUUCAGAUAAAAAACCGUCCAGUCUGCUUGGUAUAGGUUUUGUUCUUGUUGGUCCAAAUGUUCUCCUCUUGCUUAAGAGCAUCUGGAAGUUCAUUUUCAAAAGUGCAGUAAUGCCCUGUAAAAAGACUGUUUGUUGGGUGCUUUGCGUAGAGUUCUUGGUAGCAUUAGGAGCUGCAGUCCUCACAAUAGUAUCCAUGCCACACUUUGACAUUGUCACUAAUGUGAUGAUUCUGAACAGCGUAACUAUCCUGUCUGCCGUGUUCCAAGUGGUCGCUGAGUGUCUCGCCAAGGAGAGGAAGCGCUUUAUUAUGAUACCUGUGUGCUCCAUUGUCCUCAUCAUACUGGGAUACAUCCUUUUUGCGGUCAGUUUUCUGAUAAUGGAAGAAAGCUCUCUUCAGGUAAAAAUAUCAGUCGGCUUUGCCAUCGUGGGAACCAUCUUUGUUUCUCUAAACUGGUGGGAGAACUACAGUACUCUUUUUGAUGUGUCAUUUUUGGCUAACAUUUCUAAAGACAUAGACAGGUCCCGUAACGUGGUCGGCAUCAUCUCCAGUCUGAUGCGAAUUCUGGUUACUGCAGCUGUGCUUGGAGCUUAUGUCCCUUUGUCAGGCCAGGACUGGACGUCUGUAUCUUAUUUCAUCCCAGCGGUUGUUGUUUCACUGGUGGCCGUUCAGAUUGUGUCGUCUGCCCUGUGUCGCUGGUUUGUGGUUGUGGCUUGCAAAAUGCAUGCCCUGCGCUGCAGCUUUCUCCUACCCAUGUAUCUGGCCUCAAUCACAGUUCUGGCCGUGGCUUUGGUGCCCGUUGCAAUCAUGCCCUUGGGACCCAGACAAAAUUCGACCUACUGUGAGAAUGUUCAGGAGACAUCUGAUGGCAUAUGGAUGGACAUGAUGUCAGAUGUUAAAAGAACUCUGUGUGUAAGGAACAUUGUGAGAAACGUAAAGAGUGAAGGACUGGCGUGUAUGGCCAUCUCAGCUGUGACCUGGUGGCUUGGACUCAUUCUCAGUACAAUUUAUGUCUGGUACCUGAGGAUCCAUCGAAUCGAAAGAACCCAAGAUUUGUUUGUGGGACGCAUGUAUGAAGGGGCUUUUCUGGAACAGUCCAUGUUGCUGAACACCCGUUUCGAGAUCAGAAAGAAUAUCAUAGAGAAAAAAAACCAAGAAAAGGAAAGCAUAAAAGUGUUCCUCUGUGGAACAAUGUGGCAUGAGACCUAUGAUGAAAUGAUGAAAAUAAUCAUUUCUAUGUUCAGGCUUGAUAAAUACAGACCAAAGACCAAAAUAACAAAAAACAAAGACAAACAAGAAGAUCAAAUAAAAAGCGAUGUAGAGUUUGAAUUCCACAUUUAUUUUGAUGAUGCAUUUAAUGACAAUGAUAAUGGACGACACGCAAAUGAAUAUGCUGAGACCCUUGUUGAAGUCAUUAAAGAAGUUUACACCAUUUUCAUUGUGGAGAAUCCAAGUAUAUUUAAGGAGAUGCCAACCCUCCGCUCUCAGAAGAUCAUACAAACUCCAUAUGGAGGUCGUCUAGAAUACACCCUCCCUAAAGGUAACAUGUUGAUGGUUCAUCUCAAGGACAAGCUGCUUAUCCGUCACAAGAAAAGGUGGUCUCAGAUUAUGUACUUGUAUUACAUUCUUGGCUGGAGACUUGACAGAAGAUACUUCAAAAUGUUUAAGGAAGGUAAAGAAGAAGAGGAGUCCCUUAAUGAGCAUUUGAAGAGAGAGAAGGACAACACAUACAUCUUGGCCCUGGAUGGUGAUACUGACUUCCAGCCAUCUGCAGUGAUGCUAUUGAUCGACAGACUUAAACUCUACCCAGAGGUUGGUGCUGCCUGUGGCAGAAUUCACCCAACUGGCACAGGACCCAUGGUGUGGUAUCAGAAGUUUGAAUAUGCGGUGGGCCACUGGCUGCAAAAGUCUGCCGAGCACGUGCUUGGCUGUGUCCUGUGCAGUCCCGGAUGUUUCAGUCUUUUCAGAGGCUCCGCUCUAAUGGACGAUAACGUCAUGAAAAGAUACACGACCAAAGCCACUGAGGCCAGUCACCAUGUUCAAUAUGAUCAAGGUGAGGAUCGCUGGUUGUGCACUUUACUGCUGCAGCAGGGAUGGAGGGUGGAGUACAACGCAGCAUCUGAUGCCUACACAAACGCACCACAAGAGUUUAAAGAAUUCUACAACCAGCGCAGACGCUGGGGACCUUCAACAAUGGCCAACACCAUUGACCUCUUGGGUUCAGGAGGACUGACUUCAGAGAGGAACAGCUCUAUAUCAAAACCUUACAUCUUGUACCAGAUUAUCAGCAUGGCAGCUUCUAUUUUAGGCCCUGCCACUAUAUGUCUGAUGAUAGCAGGAAGCUUUGUGUUUAUCUUCAAAAUGGGAACAAAUGCAGCCCUUGCUUUGGCUGUAGUGCCCCCUGCUGUCUACUUGAUCCUUUGCUUCAAACUGAGAUCUGACACACAGAUUACAAUCGCUGCAGUCAUGAGUGUAUGCUAUGCAUUUCUCAUGGCAGGGACGAUUCUCUCAAUCAUAGCUGAUUUGAUUAGGAAUAACACUUUCAUUACCCCGAGUGGCCUGUUUCUCAUUGGCAUGGUGAUGUUGUAUCUCAUCACGGCUGCCCUGCACCCUCAGGAGUUCUCACUGAUCAUCUAUGGACUUUUAUACUUCCUCUGCAUUCCUAGUGGCUAUCUGCUGUUAGCCAUUUACUCAAUAGUCAACAUGAACAAUGUGUCGUGGGGUACACGUGAAACUGGGGGCCAGGCUAAGACUGCAGCAGUCGGUGCCAUCAAGAAACACAUCUUGCAGGCCAAGUGUUGUAAAUGUCUAUGCUUGGGUUCUCGUGAAGAUGCAAGUGAGGAGAUACCAAAAGCUGAAACCACAACAGGGACAGAAUUGGUGCAGGUUCAAGUUCCUUUGGAAACAAAAAGGCCACGCAAGGGCUCACUUAGAAAUUGUGCUUGGAUUGAACAUCUGAAGGAGUCUUACGACUUUCACAAGUCAACUCUAACUAAGGACGAAAACGAUUUCUGGAAAGAUCUGCAGAAAAAGUAUCUAGAGCCUCUUCAAGAAAGCAAAGAGCAACAAGAUAAAAUUGCAAAUGAUCUGAGAGAACUGAGAAAUAAGGUGGCAUUUGUUUUUUUCUUCUGCAAUGCACUUUGGUUAGUGGCAACAUUCUUCCUUCAAACCAUUGGUGACCAUAUCGCCAUAAAGAUUCCAAAGGUCUAUCCCAAUGGGACUCAUUCCACGACAGAAACCUUUUCUCUUGAUCCAAUUGCGCUGAUGUUUCUACUGAGCUUUGCGUUAUUGCUGAUAAUGCAAUUUUUUGCAAUGCUUUACCACAGAAUAUACACAUUAAUCCAUUUUGUGGCGUAUGUUGAUACAGAAAUCAAAGAUUUAAGAAAAUAUUCAAUACUGAAUGUAGACUCGAAGAGCAUCCAGUAUGAGAACAAAGAGCCGGACAUAAGCGUGAUUUUUCACAACCCAUGUACUCUAGGAUCUGUAACUUUGGUAUAAGCUCUUGUGUCAGAAAUAAUACUCAAUUCAGCUUUUUAUGGCUGACUGUUAUAUAGCAAUACACAUAUUAUAGAAUGUUUGUAAUACUUACUGAAGCAUCUAAUCUAAAAAUAUUUUGAGGAAUAAAAAAUAUUAUUCUGACUUCAUAUAGCUAAAACCUGUUUUUCAUCUACAAAGGAAAAAUAAUAUUUUUUACGAAUAAAGUUGAAGCAUUAAAGGUUGUAAGGAGCAACAAUAAAAAAAACUUUGACUUUUGGAUUUAGGUGGCACUCCUCCAAUCUAUGUUUUAUUGAAUACAAGUGCUGCUUUACAGUCAUUGCCUCAUGAACUUGUUUGAACCUGUUUUUGAUUUUUGGAAUGUAAAACAAAAGGAGGCAUAUUUGGUUCCCCAAAGGAAACAUGCAUACAAUGUCUAGUGUCAAGGCCAGUGAGUUUCAGAAAUUUUGAAAAUUUGUUUUUGAGAUAUUAGUCACCUAAUUGGUCAUUUGUCAUUAGUUGUUUUUGAGAUACCUGUUUUAUAUUUUUUGUAAUACAAUUUGUUUUAUGUUUCCCAUUCCAUGACAAGGGACGAAGAACUAAAUGUUGCUUGCUGAAGUUUGAUGCGUGCCAGAGUAGGUUGAGAACCGGUUCCGCUGUCUAUUCUGUAGCUAUAAUAACAGUAAUGUUCACAUCUACGUAAUUGUUUGUCACAAACAGGAUUUUAUGUGAAAACCAGUUUGACUCAUUAAAAGAUUUCAAAUGUA